GUCGUGCGAGAAAAUAUUCUGGUUAGACUUCUAAUCACCCUUGUCGGUUAAGGCAGUAUGCUCCUCCCUUUCGCAUCACCGCGGCCUGAAGAGAGGCGCACUACUUGCCGCGACCUCAGCCUCGAGUGGCAAACCCAUAAAGAUAAUCAGAGGUAUUUGAAUCCUGAAACCGGGAUAUGCACCAGGCUCCGAAUUCAGGCUAUGCACCCCGUUCCAAACACGAAUCAGGUCAAAAUUUCCGAUAGCGUUCGGCGGGUACCCAAACUCACCGUCUCUCUGUUCCGUGGCCCACCUUCUACCAUUGCACAAAUCCUUCUCUGGCCUCUGAAAUUCAUCCUGUGUUCCAUCUAUCUACUCUUUUGGCCACUCGAUGGUCUGCCAGGCGGUGGGAGUUACACGGAUGCGUACCCUGAAUACCUCAUGAGCUACUGGGGACAAAUGUGGGCUGCCCGCUCGCGUAGGGAAUAUUCUAUCUUCGACAGGAUGGUCGAAAAGAGUCCGAUGCCCACCCCUGCCAAUUUUUCCGCCACUGUGAAAAGUAUCACCCACGCUCUCCGCCCUCGUCGACUCGCCAUAUACGGCGAGAAUGGAUGGUACCUUUGCGAAAACCCGGAUAUUAUUAUCAACUACCGCUUCGUCGCCAUCUCAUAUCGACAGAGUGAUGUCUUUCAGCGAGGCUCUGAUGAUGAAGGAAAGAAGAGGGAAGAGGAGCAGAAGAAGCAGUUCAUCGAGUCGGUCCGUUCCACGACGUUGCAGUGUGGAUUGCAGGCGUAUUGGCUGGAUCUCGAAUGCUUGGGCGAGACCACAGAAGACAAGAACGUUGACCUCUAUCGGAUGUCAGAUAUUUAUCGCGGAGCGGUCUUCACUCUUAUUACCCUUCGCAAGUCGGACGAUCAGCACAGCAUUGAAAGUUGGAGGAGCUGGGGCGGUCGUGUGUGGACCUUCCCAGAAGCGUUGCUGAGCGGGGAACUUCGUUACCGGAUUGGGUUGGACGGACCUGUUACACCCAUUACUCUUCAUGAGCUCGCUAACAAGGCCUACGAGUACUACAGCGAGGAGACCGCGAUCAUCAAUGCUUAUGGUGGAAAGGAUCGUCUAGACCGAUUGGAACAUCUUACUCGUCUUAAAGCUGCUAUUUGGCGUCGGGGCAGCGCCGCUCUACCCAAAGCACAGGACCCGGAAAAGCGGCCCCCUCAAAACGGGCCGCAGCUCCAGCACACGGGAUCACCGAACCUUUCUUAUCCUGCCGAGAGAGUUUACGCUUUGAUGGGCUUCUUCGAGCAUCGCAUCAUGCCAAGUAUCCUUGAAACGGAGCUACAGGCCCUAGCUCGGCUUUCGAUGGCCAAUGAUAGCGACCGUAUGGCAGAGCGGAUGGUUUCGAUGCUUCCGCAGAACAUCCAACCUCAAGCUUGUUGGUACGCCGACGACGAUCAGUAUGGGUCGGAACUUUGGGACAUCGAACCAGAGGUUAAUGUUGCCGGAGUAACUGAGAGUGGUGCUUUGGUUCUCGAUGGUUGUCGAGCAACAUGCAUCCGCUGGGAGGACUUUCCAGAGAUUUCGUUCCAGACGACGGAGUCGAUCAGGCGAACUAUUGCUGGCAGAAUACCGGUCACUCUUCCAGGCUGGGUGCUUUAUGCAGCAACGUGGAUGCCGAUCCCUGCAACUGUAUCAGUUGGUACCGUCUUCUUUGCAUGUGCAGCGUUCAUGCUGGUCUCUGGUCCUUUCCUGACCGCGUACUCCAUUUCUGGUCGCAUUCUCGCCACACAACCUUGGCUUAUCGGGGUCAAAGGCGUGAUGUCACCCGAAGAGGCCGCCAACCGUGUUUAUGGCGCGACGUUGUCUAAGCGCCAGCGCCUAUUCUUUACCCCCAGCGGUUCGCUGCUUGCUAAACCAGCAGAAGAUGACGUCCGAGAAGGGCUUGAAAGUCAAUACAACGAAGCGUUAGUGCAGACCAGGGACGACAUUUACACACUGAUCGACACGUUCUCGGGGACACUCUAUUAUUUCACUGCGAAACGUCCCCCCACGGUAUGCCUUUUCACUGGACGCGAGGGCGGACUGGGUCGGUUUGUGCUCUGCUCGGAGAAUUGCGUUGCCAACGAGCUUCACAAAGAGACGGUACUGCGCAUGCCUUCCUACGUCCACCGAGCCAUGAUUCCCUGCGAUUGGGUUGCUAUAGGCAACGCGAGAAAAUGAAGGACUCAAACUAUUUCAUUCGCUUGUUUUGUUUGGAUAUUGUUGUCUUGUAGGACAUGCAUACCUUGUGACAGUCUACACUCCUUACUACUACCGAUAACUUAUUGAAGCUUGAUACCCGUAGUCUAGUAUGCAGAUAUAUACUUCAGUUUCGUACUGCGGGCGGGGGGAAACGAGAGAUAGCAGAUGUACAGUACAUUCAAACACUGAAUAGGGGCAAGACAUCAGUGUACCAAGAUAGUAAGCG